AUGGAUCACGUAUGGCAAGCCAUAGAAUUAGAGGGAAAAGUUCCAUUCUGUAGUUUUGCUCAAAAUUUACUAACUGGAAAAUUGUUGUCCAUAUUUAAUUUGAAUCUACAAGAUAUAGACAGGAAACAAAGAACAUCACCUCCUAACCCUGAAGUCUACAACGAUUUGGGUGAAGAAAAUUGUGUAAUAGAAACAGACUAUGUGAAUCAUUCUGGAUUAAGUUUCAAGUACAUAAAAUUGAAGGAGUUCUACACUAAUAAAGAUUGCCAAUGGCUCCAAGUUCCAGUUUUUGAUUUUAAAAUUGAUUUGAAGUCCAAAUUUGUCAGUUCCGUGUUUACCAAUUAUUUUGUACCCUUAUUGGGGCUCUCUGGUUAG